CCUCGUCACAAUACAAGUACUGCGUCUCGAAUGCACUCCACAUUGUCCUGCAUGUGUGGCGUGCAGCACAGUCAUCAUGGCUUUCAACAAGCAGACGGACGAGAUAUCCGGGCCCAUCAGCCAAAGCUCGCGAGUGCCCCAGUGGUCUCGCUACUGAAACUCAAUUCGGAGGCUCUUGCUGCCCAACCCAGACAGAUGCUUGUGCUCACACCUGUGGAAUAACUCGCGGUCGCGUUACUGUGCUGGCUGAUCAUCUCGCAAACUGGUUGCAAUCCUGAUCUGAUAUCACUCCAGCGUCCGGACGGAUGAGGUGCUUCCUUUAUUCGUUCUCAAGAUGUCAUCCUUGCAUAUUGAUCACUUUCCUCGUUCGAUCCUGCUCAGACGAUCCUCUUUUGUGUGAGGGCUAACUGCAGUGGUUGUGAGACUGCUUUCCACAUGGCUGAGGGCAUGUACUAUUCGUGUCCUUCCUUCCAACAAGGAUUGCAACAGCCGGCUUCCAACGAGUACUGGCAAUACUAUCCGCUACCGACUUCGACGCAAGGGAGCUACGUCUCUGCUCAUAUCCCAGCAUCUUCGUAUUCAUCGCACGCUCCGACACACGCCCUCCAUCCAACAGAUACCUCGACAAGCACAUCACCGAUCGAAGGUCUUGCUAGCAAGCCGAAAAGGCCUCGAGCUACACAAGCUUGUGAGCCGUGUCGUACCAGGAAACAACGGUGUGACGAAGGCGAACCAUGCACGUUCUGCAGAACCAACAACUUCGAGUGUACAUACCGACCGCUAGUCCCGACCAAGGUUGACAAGAUCGUGGAGUAUAUGCUCUCCUGGAUGGCAACGCACGGAGAAGGCCUGCAAGCGCUGACCGAUAAGAUUGAAAGUCUCGAAGUGCACAUGCAAAGUAUUGCAAGUUCGAAACACCCAACCAUAACUCACGAGCCACAAAGAGCUCUCCUGCCCGGUCCUAGUACAAAGCGCGGAGAUCGCACACGCCGGGUGCCUGACGAGAUUCGAGGAUCAGUAUUCCACUGGCCGGAGAUUCGCAAGCUUUUCGUGGCAUCUGCGACGGCGAUCGAUGAAGACUACGCGGCUCGAGCUGAGGCAAGAAACGCACCUCUGCACGAAAUGUCAAAAAAUUUGGAUUCUGACGACAUGGACCUCACCAUCCGCACAAUCAACAGGCUUAUUGAGAGCUUCUUCAGACGGCUAUAUCCACUACAGCCUUUCCUUCAACGAAGCAGAGUGACCUCUUUGUUCGAUCUGUUCCGUUGCACAUAUGCCUCUGACGCGAUCGGUGCGACUUGUUCCAUGAACUUGGAGUCUGACCUGGACCGACCAUCGAAGAGGAGGCGAACAGCGUCACCUCAUGAUACAACGGCAGAGAAACGACGCAUCGAGCGAUCACCGGGCAACGCCAUAGCCCUCCUCGUGUUGGCUCUGGGCUCUACGGUCAUUCCGGAUCGUGGUUCAUCACAGCACCUGCCUGAGAGUACGAUGUUCGCAGCUGCGCCGCCUGGAUACUCGUAUUACCUAGAAGCAAGUAGAGUCAUUGCAACGCAGAUCGAUGGAUACGACCUCGUCCAUGCUCAUAUGUUCAUGCUGGCGGGAAUGUAUAAAGCACAGAUUGGCCGGUUAGCGGAGAGUGCCAGCUGGUAUUCGAUGGCUGGUCGCGUCUUGUUGCAUCUUUUGCGACGCCAGGAUCGCAUAGAACAGCAUGGCAAAUCUGCAUCCAACCGCCACAGUCGGGAUCGGCGAGCAGUGUUAGCAGCAUGGUGCUGUCUCCAGCUGGAGAAUAGCAUUCCGAGCGAACUGCUUUUACCGAAGAGCGGCCUCCAACAGCUCGUGCGCGAUCUCUCCCUCCCGCAAGCCACAACGAGUCAGACAUUGCCCCAGACAGCUGAUGAGACGAGUCUCCUUAUCUGCAACGCGUUAUGCGAACUGCAUGGUAUCCAAUGCGAGGUGGAUGAGCAUCUGUACGAAAGUGCUGUUGAUAGCAAUAAUUCCUCGGAAAUAAUGACAGUGGUCAAACGGCACGCCGCCGGUCUGCAGCUGUGGCGCACACGACUUCACCCAUUGCUUCGUUGGGAUGAGGAACGCGAUUCUCCGCCAUCGGAACUUGAGUCUGCACAACUACGACAUGAAUACUGGAAAGUCAAGCUCAGCAUCUUACGACCGUUCCUCGACUUCGUCUUGCACAUCCUUCCUGGGAUCCGGCACGGAAUGGACUUGCAGACCUGUUCGAAAGACGCCAACGGACGACUCCGGCCCAAAUCAGAGCGUCGUAUCAUCUCUGCCAUCGACAAUUUGGUCAAAGAGUCUGGGGAGGCAGAAAUCAUGCGCCUCGCACAACUGUCCACGCAAGCUCUUAAGCAGAAGCUCGGGGCUUUCGACGGUUUAUCUACAUCGUCUUUCCAAGGCAACAUGGUAUCAAUCAUUCACGAGCAGUUUCAUGACCUGCUUGUGUUGACUGCAAUACAUCGCAACGAGCGUCUGAAGCACUUGGUCUCGUUGUCAUAUUUGCGGCUUGCGUACGAACAAACCACCAACUAUCUGGACAGGCUGAGCGCAUUGUCAGCAAUCUGCGCAGAGGACUGCAAAAUUCUCAAGCGCAUACAAGUCUCUCUUAUCGAUCCAAGUAUGAAAGCGAGUGGCAGUUGAGGUCUAAGGACCCCGAUGCUCAACACCUACAGAACACAUUGCCGAUGUUCUGCCGAAUAUAUCACCGUCGUCACAGCCAGACCACAAGUCUUUCGUCAGCCUCAAGGAAGCCGCCUCCUCGCUAGCGAAGCCUUACCCCAAUGCUUGUCGCGAACACGGAUCCUGCGAUGACAUCGGGCCUCAAC